AUGCUUGAGAUUAAGUUUGAGAAAACUGAUAAAGAAGACAAUGUUCACUCAAGAUUAACACUAUUUAGACAGGUAUUUCAAGGAAUGGGUGAUCUAGAAAAAGAAAUAGUUAUGAGAUUUGAGUCAAGUGGGAUUAUGAUACAAACAAUAGAUAAAAUGCAAGUAUGUUUUGUAAGUGUUUUUUUAUCAGCUGAUAUGUUUAGUUUUUAUAGAAAUGAUAAUUUUGAAUUAAAAAUUUGUGUUUCAUUAACUGAAUUAAAUGGCAUUCUUAAGAAAUUAGAAGUUUCUAAUGAAAAAGAUGUUGUGAUGAUAUCAGCUGAAAAUUCACCCACUGAACUUAAUAUUUGUAAUAAUACAAAAUAUUCAACAAUUGUAUAUCUUGUUUCACUUGCAAAAUCAUCAGAAGGUAUCUUUGAGACUCCUAAUGAUACAGAUUCUAAAUCUUCAGUCACUUUAACUAUCGACAUUUUUAAAAAACUGAUAAGUAAUUUAAGCAACUUUGGUGAUUUAGUGACAUUUACAGUAGAAAAAGGUACACUCUUGAUUAAUCAGCAUGGAGAUAUGUCAGCAGUUGAUAUAACUCUAGAAGAUAAUGAUGAUUCAAUUCAGGUAAGUUGUAGUCAACCAGUAAGUGUGAUGUUCAGUAAAAAGUAUUUAGAGUUAUUAAAUAAAAUGAUAAGUGGUUGUGAUAAAGUAACUGUUGAAUUUGGAGAUGAGUCAUCACCAUUAAAAUUUUCAGUAGAUUUAAAUAAGAUGGGACAUGUUUUUAUGGUUGUAGCACCACAACAGAAGGAAUAA